AUGUAUCAUCCCCAAGCGAAAAAAGAGACGGCUUUCUCACAUCAUAAACCGGUCGAAUUAUCAAAAAUUGCUGUCCACAUGUUGGGGAGCGUUCAUCAUAACUUUCAUCUUAUCAAUUCGCUACUUUUACAUCGAUCCCGAGUCGAGCUACUUCGUUCGGGCGUCAUGGCACCAUUUCCGGGACACGGUCUUCAUCUACACCGUAAUCCCGGAUUCCGACAGCGAGAACUUGCUGAAAAGGUGAUCAUUCCGCUCGGACUGAGGGACAAGGUUCGCGUCGUUGAUGUAAAAUUGACCGUCCGCUGGAAUGAGAUUAUGGAUCAAAUUGACUACUACCACGACUUAGAUGAGCGAAUCUUGAUCGACUUCCCGACCGUGAUGACAAACUUGGUGGAGGAAUUGGAACAAGGAAUGUAUGCUGCGGGAGAUGACAUGGCCUCGCCGGAUCCUGGAAUGCAAGUGUAUCACAUGGCUGCCCAGCUUUGGGCAUCCGCCCCAAUUUCUGAGGAUAUCGAGGUAGCAAGAAAGUGGGGUCAGUUGUUGGACCAGAUGCAGAAGUUUUUAGAAAAAGGGCAAAUAUUUAGUUGAGAUUUAAUAAUAUUUACAUUCAAAUUUCACAUUUCGCGUAGGUGAUGAUCAUUUAAUAUAAAAUACAUUGGAAUUUAAGCUUUGCAGAAGUAUAUAAUUUGAAGAGGGCAGAUAGUAUAAACUCCACGAAUUAUCCUUCAUUCUCUUUCUCAUACGUAUAUUUGCAUACAUAUGUAAAUACAUUAUCCACACAGACCUAGUUUUGUUUGCAAUGUAAGCCAGAUUAUGUAGCAGAAUGUGUGAAGGUUUAAUAAAAUUAAUAUUAGUGGAAACGCUAGAAUUUGUUCAGCUUGAAAACUAAUCCUAAGAUCCAUUGUAUAAAUGCGUAUUUAUUUAGUAAGUUUGAUCUACAUAAAUAAUAAUUUGGAAACUAGGAACUUAUGUAUUUGUACUUGUACAUAGAUCUAAAUUGAAGUCUGAAAACAAAAAUUUCAUUCAUUACAUAAAUUACUGAAAUGAUCAUCUUAAGAAUGUGCUGUACUGUAGUUCAUAUUUUUCGAGUUAUUAUCUUUCUAUGUACAUAUUUACAUAUAUCUAAACGAAUUAUUCCACUUGCAUGCUUAUUCAUUUCAUACAUGGACCAUGUAACAUGGUUGGUAGACACAUUUAUGUAAAUAUAUUUUUGUGCAUAUUAUUUUUAUUAAAUACUAAUAAAUAAGCAUCAUCAUUUA